AUGCCACGGAGGGCCCCAUUGGUGCCCGUGGCGCCUGCCGCACACUUUCACACUCCUUCCACACACCCAUCCGACCCUCCCCAGGAUUCCGGCAACACCGCGCCGGACAACGGUGGUUACCCGAGACAGCCAUCGCCGGACCGCCAUGAUCAGCCAUCUGAGCCCGACAGCGAGGACGAUACGGACGGCGAAGACGACGACAGUGUUGAAGAAUACCAUGAGACGGACGGCGGCGUCCGCGGCAAGGCCCAGCCAUCUCUAAGUCGGCCCCUAGGUUGCCCCUAUCGGAAGAGGAAUCCGGCGCGCUUCAACAUACGCGACCACCCGAAAUGCACCAAGCCUUUCGCUGAUAUCAGCAGGCUCAAAAGGCAUAUCUUCGCCUGUCACAUGAAAGCUGAGGCCCACAAGUCUCCUCUGUGCCGUCAAGCAAGCCAGUCCGAUGACGUCGAGAACGGGAUUACCGCCGACAUUUAUCACCAAUUGAUCGACCGGAAAAAUUGUACCAAGGUCUGCACUUAUGGAGACUUGUGGAGGGUUUUGUUCCCAGACGAUACUCAUGUCCCAUCACCGUACUACGAGAGGUGCAUUCCCAUGGAUCUUGUCGAGUCAACAAAGGUCGCCGAGAAUGCAUGGCUCAGACCUCACGAACGUGAGAAGGCCCAGAAACAGAUGGCCGACAUAAUCCGGAGCGACGAAUGGAGCGACCCUGACGCCCUUGCAUCACGGCUGUGGGAUGCGGCACACGCAAGCGAUCUUUCAAGCUUCGCCAACUGCCUCAAGGAGUUCCAGGACACUGUUCUUCAACAGGCGACGGAUUCUCCGAGGGCAUCGGCCCCUGCCCGCGUCGACAGUCGCACCUCUGAACCCGCAAUCAUCAAGUGCAAGAGAUAUGUGAUCAGGAUGACGAACUUUUUCUGCUGCACGGAAUCAGCUCUCGUGACCCGCCGCGGUAACCCGUCGCGGAACCCGCCGCUCGGAUCCAUCCGGUUCUCGGUGCGCCGACCUGCUGCGCUCGCCCAAGCCGUUGUCGACUCGACGCGUGCGGCGAAGCCCGCCGAGCCGUCAACAGCGCCCUGA